AGCCCUAUGCCGAGUCCUACAUUGGUCUGUAUUGAACCGGAGGUGAGGGAGAGUUGAGUAGACAAGCAGAAAUAUACAGAUGAGUUGUUCUCUUUGCAGGAUUUGGACGUGUUUCUGGUGCGGCAAAGCUCUUCUGGCAUGUUUUUGUGGAGGCGACGCUACACCAAGCACAGGCCAUUUUCUGGGUUACUUUCUCCAACUCCAAACUAAUCCAGGAUGGACCAUGGAGAUGGAGGGAUGGGUGUUUCACACCUGCGCUAUGAGGAAGAAGAGGACCACCAGUCCAUCUACAUCGGUGUCCCAGUUCCUCGCGGGUACAGGAGGAAGCGCAGGAGAAGGAGAUCCAGUCGAGAAGGGUCGUCUGACAUGGAGCGGGACCGAAGACACACCCACAGACCGCAGCCUGACGAGCGCUACCGGGACGUGGACCUGGAGGAGGGGCUUAUGGACUCCAAUGACCAAAGCCUGGCAGACAUGAGCCGUACAGUUUCUCCGGCUGCAGAGAGGCUGCGCUACAUUCUGAGUGAGGACGAUGACUUCCCUACACCAACGCUCUUCACAGAAAUGGACACUCUACAACGAGAAGGAGACGAGCUGGAGUGGAAGGAGUCAGCCAGAUGGGUGAAGUUCGAGGAGAAGGUGGAGGAGGGAGGAGAGAGAUGGAGUAAACCUCAUGUGUCCACGCUGUCUCUGCACAGUCUGUUUGAGCUGAGGACAUGUCUCCAAACUGGAACUGUCCUACUCGAUCUGGAUGGAUACUCAUUACCACAGAUAAUUGAUGACAUCAUUGAGAGACAGAUCGUGGAGGGCACAAUCACUCCAGAUUUACGGGACAAGAUCAGUUUUGUUUUGCUGCGAAAACAUCGGCACCAAACCAAGAAGCCAAUCCACCGCUCUCUGGUGGACAUCGGCAAAUCGGGCUCGUCGACCGGAGGUAGGACUGUGGGACCUAGGGGUGCAGGGGGGGCGGGAGCAGGACCUGGACCCGCCCCCAGUUUCAACAGAUCCACUGAAGACCUCCGAAUGAAGCAGCAGGCAGCCAACUAUGGCCGACUGCGUCAUGCACAGAGUCGCAGCAUGAAUGACAUUUCAGAUACACCCAGCACAGACCAGCUCAAAAACAAGUUCAUGAAGAAGAUCCCCAGAGACGCAGAGGCCUCAAAUGUUUUAGUGGGAGAAGUGGAUUUCCUCACCAAACCCUUCGUGGCUUUUGUGCGUUUGGCCCAAGCAGCAACGCUGGGGGGACUGACCGAGGUCCCAGUACCCACCAGAUUCCUGUUUAUCCUUUUGGGCCCUCAAGGAAAAGCCAAGUCUUAUAAUGAGAUUGGUCGGGCCAUAGCAACCUUAAUGGUGGAUGAUCUGUUUAGUGACGUGGCGUACAAAGCCAGAGACCGCGAGGACCUGAUCGCUGGAAUAGACGAGUUUUUGGAUGAGGUGAUCGUCCUUCCUCCUGGAGAGUGGGACCCCAAAAUACGCAUCGAGCCCCCCAAGAAGGUCCCCUCAGCUGACAAAAGGAAGUCUGUGUUCUCCUUAAAUGAACUGGGUCAAAUGAACGGGUCGGCGGGAGGAGGGGGUCGUCUGUCUGAAGAUGAGGAGAUGCCCGAACAGCACGAGCUUGGGGAGGAGCUGGCCUUCACUGGACGUUUCUGCGGUGGCCUGUACUUGGACAUAAAACGUAAACUGCCCUGGUUCCUGAGUGACUUCUACGAAGGUUUCCACAUCCAGUCCAUCUCAGCGGUCCUCUUUAUUUACCUGGGCUGCAUUACCAACGCCAUCACAUUCGGGGGUCUCCUGGGAGAUGCCACUGACAACUACCAGGGCGUGAUGGAGAGUUUCCUGGGCACUGCUUUGGCCGGUUCUGUCUUCUGUCUGUUUGGAGGACAGCCUCUCAUCAUUCUCAGCUCCACUGGUCCAAUCCUGAUCUUUGAAAAACUGCUCUAUGAAUUCAGCAAAAAGAACAGUAUAGACUACAUGGAGCUGCGCCUGUGGAUUGGCAUUCACUCCUGUUUGCAGUGCUUUUUGUUGGUGGCCUUUGACGCCAGCUACAUCAUCAAAUACAUGACGCGCUUCACUGAGGAGGGCUUUUCAAGUCUCAUCUCCUUUAUUUUUAUCUCUGAUGCCAUUAAAAAGAUGGUGGGCUCAUUCAAAUACUACCCCAUCAACACAGACUUCAAGCCCGACUACGUGACCACCUACAAGUGCGAGUGCGUGGCGCCUGACCCAAUGGCUGCAAUGAUCUCGCGUUUAGUCCCAGUGCCAGAUAACACCUCCUCUCUGUCUGGGUUGAAUUUGACAGGCGUGGACUGGAGCCAGCUCAGUAAAAAGGACUGCCUAACGUACGGAGGGUCUCUGGUUGGGAAAUCGUGUAAAUAUGUCCCAGAUUUGGCUCUCAUGUCCUUCAUCCUCUUCUUCGGGACCUACUCCAUGACUGUCACCCUGAAAAAGUUCAAGUUCAGCCGCUACUUCCCUACCAAGCUGAGGAAACUGAUCAGUGACUUCUCCAUCUUCAUGUCUAUUAUGACGUUUGUGGGACUCGACAUGUUGAUGGGGCUCAAAACUCCCAAACUCAUCGUCCCCACAGAGUUUAAGCCGACCCGCCCUGGCCGUGGCUGGAUUGUGAUGCCGUUCGGUAAAAACCCCUGGUGGGUUUAUGUGGCCAGUGCAGUGCCGGCGCUCCUCGUGACCAUCCUCAUCUUCAUGGACCAACAGAUCAGCGCUGUCAUUGUCAACCGCAAAGAGAACAAGCUCAAAAAAGGCUGUGGGUAUCACCUGGACCUUCUGUGGGUGGGAGUCCUGAUGGCAGCCUGCUCCUUCAUGGGUCUGCCCUGGUAUGUGGCUGCUACAGUAAUCUCCAUCGCUCACAUCGACUCACUGAAGAUGGAGAGUGAGUCCAGCGCACCCGGGGAGCAGCCCCAGUUCCUCGGGGUCAGAGAGCAGAGAGUGACGGGUCUUCUGGUCUUUAUCCUCACUGGAGUCUCCAUUUUCCUGGCUCCGAUCCUAAAGUACAUCCCAAUGCCGGUGCUUUACGGUGUGUUUCUGUACAUGGGUGUGGCCUCUCUCAGUGGAAUACAGUUCUGGGACAGGAUCAAGUUGUACCUGAUGCCCUCCAAGCACCAGCCGGACUUCACGUACCUGCGCCACGUACCUCUGCGAAGAGUGCACCUCUUCACUCUUGUCCAAAUCACCUGUCUGGCCGUCCUGUGGAUCCUCAAAUCCACCUUCCUGGCCAUAAUUUUCCCUGUGAUGAUCCUGGGUCUGAUGGUGGUCAGGAAGAUGCUGGACAUGGUCUUCUCUCAGCACGACUUGGCCUGGCUCGAUGACCUGCUGCCCGAGAAGGAGAAGAAGAAAGAUGAUGACAAGAAGAAGGGAAAAGAGAAAGAAAAGGAGAAGAAGAAAUCUAAGGCAGAUGACAGUGAGGAGGAGGAGAAGUACCGGUCGUAUUCAAACCACUCCCCAAGCUCCGAGUCGGAUCUGGACCGCAGCAUCACGCUGCACCUGAAGAUCUCGUGCCCCUCUUCCCCUGCUGUGCCCAUGGGGCGAGGCCUGGCCUCCUGCCCAGUGCCUCAGGUCAAGAUCGAGAUGGAGUCUGACUACGAUUCUGACCUGGACCACCACCGGCUGCGUGACAUGAGCAGUGAGACCACUCUGUGACCACUCUGAC